AAACGGUGUGUACUUAAGGUAUCAGUUUGAAUUGAAUGCUCAUGCCAAAACGGGAUAGUAUAUUUGAUUUGAAUUGAACUUACAACUAAACGGAAAAAUUUAAUGAUAUGCAGAGCAGGAUGCUAGCAUAUUUAGAUUUAAUUCUGUUCCCCAUUUUGCCCUACUUCAGUUUAGUAGCAGGAGAAGGAUAUAUGAUAGGCGACAACUGUAAUUUUGACGAUGACUGCAUCAUGGAGCAUUCAUACUGUUAUCAUCAGCAGAGCUGUGAAUGCAGACCAAAUUUUAUUUCCAACGAAGACCAGACAAACUGUGUUGCCACUGUAGGUUCACCAUGUUAUUCGAACUAUGACUGUACUUCGCUUAAGUCGUCCAAUUGUGUUUUUGACAAUAAUGAAAUUGGAUACUGUGUCUGCAAUCACGGUUUUGUCUCAGACCCUCACAACAGAGAAUGCCUUCCGAUUGGUAAGUUUGUAUUUGCACCGUGCAUAUUAGACAAUCAAUGCCAAGAGGGCUUGGGCGAGGCUUCUUUCUGCCAUAGGCAGAAAUGUGAAUGCCUCCCAAGUCACCAUUUUGACGGUGAAUGUAUUCGCAACAGAGGCUUGGGAGAAAGUUGCUGGAAUAAAAGCCAAUGUUAUAUUGGUGAAGAAUACAAAAAUACAAUGGAUUGCUUAAGCUCCGUGUGCGUUUGUAACAACGGCUAUUACAAUUAUGGAGGAUACUGUAAAACAGGAAGUGGAGCUUUAAGUUUAAAGGCACAGCAAAUUAUUAUCAUACUCAUAUUAUUAUUUUUUAAAAAUCUAAAAUAGACUAAUCAUAUAAUUAAUGAAUCCAAAUUGGUGUUUUUCAUUGUAUUAGUUUUAUUUGUUCAAUUCAGCCUGACAAUUUUUUUAAUAGUUUUUGAGGAAAAACAAAUGAAAAAAAAGAUCAGAAAUGUAAGAAAUCUCAGUUAUUUUGUUGCAUCUUUGUUAAGGGGGAAAAAUUUGGACAGUGUAAAUGUGUAUAUAAUUAUGUAUGAUAUAAGCUCAACAUAAAAAUGGACUGGCCUAGUUUGAACAGACCCUAGAGUGUGAUAAUAAUUGUACAACUAGGAUAGAGAUAAUUUUUUUUAAAGAUUUGAGGUGGGAAAUAAUCCCACAAUAAUUUUUUUUGUAUUUUAUAUAGUCCAUAUUUUAUAACAAUAAA